GGAACUAAACACUGACCGCUGUUCCCUCACGGACGAGUUUCAGUGCUGUAUCAGCAUGUGUUUUGGUUGUGAGAGGUAGAGAAGAGUUUUAGUCCGUGAGGAACGCAGUCUAUUCAUUAUAUUUCCAAAUAUAGAUAAUCAGCGAUACAACUAUGUCAUCAUCGGCGGAGGUAGUUCUGGGCUUCCUGGAGGACGCGGAGCCGUGGCGGCUUCUUUCCCCACAGUUUCCCAGUAAAGUCGGAGGGAAGCCGGCGUGGCUCAGUCAGACAGGCCUGCCCUCCUUGUCCGCGCUGGAGUGUGAGAUAUGCCGUCUGCCUUUGGUUUUCCUGCUGCAGGUGUAUGCACCAAUAUCCGGUCAGGACAGAAGUUUUCACCGUGUGCUCUUUCUGUUCUGCUGCAAAACUCCUGAGUGCUACACACGAAAUGAUAACCGCUGCAUGAAAGUUUUCAGAAGUCAGCUACCAAGGAGGAAUGAGUUCUACCCUUACGACCCUCCACCAGAGGAUGAACCACCUUGCGAUGCAGAGGAAGACCACACGGUGUUGCCCGUCUCUGGAGUUAAACUGUGCUGGGUGUGUGGAUGCCCCGGCAACAAAGCCUGCUCCCGCUGCCACACUGUGACCUACUGUGGAAAACAUCAUCAGACCCUCCACUGGAAACAGUCUCACAAGAAGGAGUGUGGCAGCCAAGUGUCUGCUGUCACAACCUCCCCCCUCCUCUUUCCUGAAUCUGAGCUGGUCACUGAGCCAGAGGAAGAGGAGAAAGACACCAAGGCGGCUGAAGGAGAACAAGAAGAGGAGGAAGGUGGAGGGAGUAGUACUCAGAGCAUGGAUUGUCCCUCCUUGGCAGAGUCCCUGGCAGAGACAGACCUGGAGGAGAUGGCUUUGCAUGAGACUGAAGACAAUAAGGUGUUCCAGAGGUUUAAAAAGAAGAUUGCACCUGAACCACACCAGGUGAUACGUUACAGUCGAGGGGGCUCUCCCUUGUGGGUCUCCUCUCAGCACAUCCCUUCAGAGCAGGAUAUCCCACAGUGCACCUGUGGUGCCAAGAGGACAUUUGAGUUUCAGGUGAUGCCCCAGCUGUUAAACAGUCUGUGUGUGGACUCAACUGGUGCUAGUAUCGACUGGGGCACUCUGGCUGUCUACACGUGCUCGGUCAGCUGUGACCACAGCGACCAGUACUGCCCCGAGUUCAUCUGGAAGCAGGACUUCAGCUCAGAUCAACACACGCAGACUAAACAAAGAUAAUGGACCUCUUUUGUUUUAUGCAUAGCAGGAAAAGCACAGGUGGUGCUGAUUUCAUUAUGUUUAGGUGGCUCAAUUUCAGGGUUUUCUUACUGUGCAUGUUCGCUCACCUACAUGGCUUGGUGGGAUACCUGAUGUUGACAUAUCCACGUUUCACCUGUACCUUUUCUCCAGUAAAACAUCUGCAUGGCGCUGCAGGUAACAGCUGGCUUAUUACUGACUGGACUAAUCACACAGGAGUGAUGUUAUCCUCCCAUUAUAUGGACUGGACAUGUAACUAAUCAUAAACUUUGGAGCUCUCGCUGCUGCUCGUAUUUGUACAGAGAGAUCAAACAUUCAGAGGCUACGAUAAAGAUGGAGAUCAUUUUUAUGGGUUGCAGUCCUGUAUACUCUCAGGUUCAUAAAAGUUGAGAUAUCCAAACAGGCUUUUGCCAUCUUUCUGGUUUUACUACCACUUUCAAACAUGUGCUGCUAUACAUUUUAAAUCCAGCAUGUGGUAUAAUCUGACCUGUGUGGUUGGUAGGAUUUGGGCAUUGUCAGUACUCCAUGCUGUUCAUUCAGUACGGCUACUGAAGCGGAUGAUCAGCAAAACAAAACAUGACCUUGUUCUUUAUUGGCACAAAAGUUUUUAAUUAUCACCCCCUUCUGAAGUUGUUGCAAUACCAUCUUCAGAAUGAAGUUUAAAGAACUGUUUGGAUGGGAAAGAAGUGACAAAUAUAAGUUUAAUGCCAGAAUGCAAUGUAAGAAAAGUUUGCAAGAAUCAUGAAACCUGUAGAUAGACUUUCUGUUUUGCCCCUCUCCUGACACCCUACAAUUUAUUUUACUACUGAUAUUGGUAUGAUACAGUUCAUCUAAUCAGUCAAUAAAGGAUCCAAACUGAAUUAUUGUGAAAUAAAGGUAAGCACAACUGC